AUGCCGCGCGAACCGCGGGAGGUCAGUCAUGUCGACGACUUUAGACGACUGGCGGCUGAAAACGACUCGGAAGACGUCGCCAGUUCUCGCGCGGACGACUCCGGCGACGUCGCCUACGACGCGUCCACGGUUACGAGCGACGUCGAGGCGGGCGUGCGAGUUCGCACGGUGGAUUACAACGCGCGGCGCGAGACGGACUACGUGAUCGUCGUUCACGGCACGUUCGACGCGCCGCCCGCGGACGGCGCGCGCACGUGGUACCAGCCGCCCGCGCCCGGGGAGCAGAACUUCUGCGCCAAGAUGGGCGCGCUGCUAGCGCGCGGACCUAUUGGCGCGGGGAGCGUCUGGCGGGAAAUCCCGCGCGCGACGAAUUCUCAAGGGGCAGAGUCGCAGGGAGGUGCGUCGCAGAGGGGGUCGCAGUCGCAGGGAGCUGCGGCGUCGCAGGAGGGAGGGCAGUCAUGGCAACGCAUGAUGGACGGCGACGUUCCUUACCCGUUCUUUUGGGACGGUACCAACACGCACGAGGGACGAUUGAAGGCGGCGGAAAAGCUGGCGCGGCUGUUCGACCUGAUAGCCAGCAGGGACCCCUCAGCGCGAAUCCACGUGAUUGCUCACUCCCACGGAGGCAACGUGCUGCUUAAAGCCACCGAGCUCUACAUGAAGAGGCUGCCCACACUUUCGCUCUCCACGCUGCACCCGGCCAUCAGGAAGAGGUUCUGGGCGGCAUACAGGCGCGGAUUUGAUAUGGUGAAGGGGUGGCGCCAGGUGGACCGACCCUCCGGGUGGCGCCGGUUCUUCCCGUCUCUUGUUGUUAUGAGGAGCAUGACUGGCGGAAAGCUCUCCCAUGGAACCAAGGAGCAGUACCCCUGGGGGCGCUACCGCUGGCUGGACUCCCUCCUGGGCCUCCCCACCAAGCGGCAGCGCCUCUUCCUCUCCCACCGCCUCGCCACCUCCCCUCUGUCCAACGCGCUGGGCUGCCUCGUGUUCCUGGGGACGCCCUUCUAUGUGAAGAAGUGGGAGAGGAAUGGAGUGCGGUGGCUCGUGGUGAUGACGGUAGCGAGCGUGGUGGCGAUGCUGGUGGUGAUGUGGGGCUAUGCCAUGCUGCUCGCUUAUGCUGUUCGCACGGCCGCCAAGCAUGAUAGUUCGCAGCCCUACUUCACGCCGUUUAUCGUCUCGGCUCUCAUUCUCGUGUUUGCAACCAUCAGCAUCAGCAUCGAGCUCUCCCGCAGCACAGCCUUCUACAGCGGAAACAUCUACCACGCGCCCGACUUUGAUUGGUCGCAUGCCAUGUCAGCACUGGUUGUCCACGCUGGCAAGCUGGAUGAGGCCAGCAUGGCACUGAGUUCCGAGCCUAUCGCCCGAGCCUAUGUCUUCCCGCACCUGGCGAGCAUGCUCAAACUGCCCUUCUGGAAGCCCCUUCCCCAGUUCCCACCUCGCGACGCCGUGCCGCUCGACUGGCUGCUCUACUUCGCCUCCUUCGGCCGCAUCCUCCUUUGGAACAUCAUCUUCAUUCUCCCCGCCGUCGUCCUCUCGUUACUGUCACACGUCGUGGCGCCGCUGGUGAUCGGCGCGGUGAGGAACGUGAUUGUGGUGAUCAGCUUCGGGCUGGCUCAGAACGAGCUCAGCUUUGCGCAUGUCUUCAUGGACGAAAUAUUGGACCUGGGGCUCUCCUCUCAGCAUGUGGAGCACUGGAAUGUGCAGAAACUGCUUGCUUUGGCCAAGACCCGCUCACUGCAGGGCGAGCUGAUGGCGGGGUAUGAGGAUGACACCUGUGACAUGGGGGAGGCUGUAUUUGAGGAGGGGCUGCUUGGGGAGGGGUUACUUGCCAAGGGGGCACGUGGAGGGGGGAAAGAGGAGAUCAAGGGUGAGAGUGAAGGAAAGGGUAGGGGUGUUGAAGGGGAUGGGGAGGAGGGAGGGUGGAUGAACGGGGGAGGGGUGAAGCAGGGAGGGUCUGGAGCAGUUGGAAUAGCGCGAGCCGGCUGCGUCGACGAGUUACAUUCAAGAGCAGUAGAACGUCUGGAGGUGACACCCGGGAAGAUGAAACUCACGGAGAUGAAACUUGCGGAGAUGUAA